GAUAUAGAAAGAAAGGAAUCUGUGAAUGACGUUGCACCUGAAUCUGCAAGAGAAGGCACAGAAAGAACAGAACCUGUAAAUGAUGAUGUUUCCGAAGAUAAAAUAGAAGGCACGGGAGGAAAGGAACCUCUAGAAAGUGGAGCUUCAUAUCAUGCAAUCCAUCCACCGAACGAGCAAACAACUGCUACAGGAAUCGAAAACAAAGGAAAAGACUGUUUUGAUUGUGCUGCAGAUUACGAUGGUGAUGAAUCAACAGCGUACGAGUCCGAUUAUUCUUUGAGGAAAUGUACUAGUGAAGAAGUGGGUUUGGACAGUCGGAAUGUCGGGGCAAGAUAUUCAAAGAGGACUGUCCAUUCAGCAAAGAUAAAGCAACCAAAAAAAUCGAAUAGAAAGGAAAGGUCCAAGUCAGGUCAUGAAUGUACAUCUCGAGUAGGGGGGAUAGAGGCCAAAAUGGACCUUUAUUAUGGCUGUGUUCGCCGUGACAUGAAAAUUAUGAACUCUGGGACAGCGAAAAAAUUUAAGAAGAUGCACGCAGUAAUCGCUACCUUGAAGCAAAACCAGGAACAGGCAGCAACAAAAGACGACCUCAAACAGAUGUUUUCCCUUCAGACAGACAGAAAGCCGAAAACUGUAGAGAACGUGGUGCAGACAGAAUCAAGAAUGUACAUCAAUCAAAUAGUUCAGACAAAGUUGCAGCAAACCGAUUCUGAGAUUCAAGCGACCCCUGACGCUCACGAUAUCUCUACCCACAUCUCUCCAGAAGACCCCAUCAUUGGCAACAGACCCGUGCACGUUGAUGAAGAAGUGCAGGUGGAAGUCGCAUCCAAAGAAAGCGGCAUCCAGGUCGGCUCUGAAACCUCAAGCGAGUCCACACAGACAGAAAAAACAAAUGUGGUGAAACAGUGCCAAAUUGGAAAACAGGCAGGAGAGGCAGUUGACGGGUGCAUGAAGAAGUGCCAUGGUGGAAUACAAACAGAAGAACCAGAUGACGGGUGCAUGAAGCAGUGCCAGAUUGGAACACAAACAGAAGAAACAGAUGACGGGUGCAUGAAGCAGCACCAUAUUGGAACACAGACAGAGGAAACAGAUGGCAGGUGCAUGAAGAAGUAUCACAUUGGAACACAAACAGAAGAAACAGAUGACGGGUGCAUGAAGCAGUACCAGAUUGGAACACAGACAAAGGAAACAGAUGACGAGUGCAUGAAGAAGUGCCAUGGCAGAACACAAACAGAAGAACCAGAUAACGGGUGCAUGAAGAAGUGCCAUGGUGGAACAGAGACAGAAGAAACAGAUGACGGGUCCAUGAAGAAGUACCAGAUUGGAACACAGACAGAAAAACCAGAUGACAGGUGUAUAAAGCAGUGCCAUGGUGGAAUACAGACAGAGGAAAAAGAUGACGGGUCCAUGAAGCAGUGCCGUAAUGGGAUCCAUAAGUUGGAGAUUGAUGAUGAAAACAAGAUCAAAGCAGUUGAAGCCUGGAGAAAGAAAUGUGAUGAGGAAGCAAAUAAAAGAAAAGUAGCAGAAGAAGAAAGGGAUCUGACGACAAAGAAGAACAAGGAGUUGGAAAAAGCCCUGAUGGCCUUUUGCAGUGGUAUAUAUUUGCCACCAGAUCAGGAUCAGCAAAGACUUGCAAAUUUGUGGCAUCAAAUGUAUUUUCAGUAAAAAAAAAAUCAUUUUCCCAUACUCACUCCCGCCGGUGGCUCUUAUACGGGUUUCGAAAUAAAACAUACGUUGGUCUAUACUAUCAUAAGGACAUUUUAAGUGUUCUUUUGUGCGGGAUAAAUACGUAGUAGUCAUUGUAAACCAAAAUUUAGGACCAAUUUCACAUGAAGUUAUAUAGGUUGUUUUAGAUGGACAACCCCUACGUUUAAUUACAACCUCUUUCUUCUCCAUUGGAGUAAACCAGACUAUUUUUAAACGUGCCCCAAGGUAGUUGGAAAAACGACUCCACCCUCUCCUUCUGCUCCUAAUAAGAUUUGGUACAUUUUAAUUUUUGUGCAUAUAUGAAUACAGAAAUCAUGUGUCUUUCAAGGGCGGAUCCAGAAUUAGUUGAAGGGGGUCCGUUGGCGUGGAUUUCAGGGCCCGCUGAAGGGCUCCGAAACUUUUAGGUAUUUUAGAGGGCGAACGGUACCAUCUGGUACGGUUUAGAACUAUAAUUCAGCUAGUCAAAAUUCCAAGAGGGGACCAUUGGUGUGAUUUUUUUCGGAAAUCGAAGGGUGGUGGGUAGGCAGGACCCCCGACCCCCCUUAAAUCCGCCACUGUUUCUUUGUUCCUUAUAUGUCCAUUUCUCUUCUUUUAAGAAGGCGUCGGGGCUGAAUCCAACAUCUUGUUUUUGGUUAGUGGGAAGGUAAAGGGAUAUGCCUCUCCUUUUCCCCCUGACCUUUUUUUUUUUUUUUUUUUUUUUCAAAAAUUGAUUAGUUAAAACUUCAUCGUACAUUCCUAUUUUGCAACACAUUCCUUUAGAGCAGGGUCCUUUAUGACCGAAUGUCAAUUCAUCAAUUUUUUUUCAGUUUCUUUUAGCCAAAUAUCAAUCUAUUUCGUUCGUCUAGACGACAGAAAUUGCCUUUUAAUAUACCGAUAAUUCUUGUAAGUUUGUAUGUUUGUAUCGUAUUUUACAUGAGUUAAUGUUUUGCAGUGUUUUAGAAUUAAUUUUGCCGUUUACGUGUGCAUUGAUGUAUUUAACUGUUUAUUGUUUCACAGUUUUGUCUCUCUUACAGUUCAUGUUUCUUUUUUGCGAUUUCAAUCAGGGCAGUUAACAUUGACACCUACCUCGUGGACCGUCGUGGUUUGGUAAAUGUUUUCUACUUUUUAACAACUGCGUCAAACCCCAUUAUAUAAUAAGUACUAAGUCAAUUCAUCAAUCAAACCUGAAACAGAACCUGGUUUCUAUGCAACCUAUGGUAUACUAGUAAGUGUUUCAUGUGAAAGUGUGUUUUUGAUAAAGCAGUUUGAAGUUAUUUUGAUGAAUCCAAUGAAUGUACAUAAUGUUGUUGUACCGGGCAAACCUAUAGAUGUCAUAUCUUCAGAAAAGUCGCUGGGGAAUUUGAAAAAUGUUCUCUGGCUUAUUUAUGUAUUUAUUUGGGAUUUAUUUCAAAUGUCUGUGUCGUAAUUUCUAUUGAUGUUUGCAUUGACUGUAUAGGUUGGAGUGAAGUUAUUCAAUUAGCAUUUCCCAAACAGUGGACGAUACACCCCAUUUCCAUAGAUUUUUAGAUCGAUCUAUCCCUGUGGGGAGUCUCACUAGAUUACUGUCAGCUU